GACUGGACCUCCUUGGCUGUGUAACGGAUCACAUGACGUAGUAGAUAUGUUGUUGUCUUGAUUCCCAUCAUUGAGGGUAUGAAAAACAGAGACAAAACAGCAGAGAAAGAGUUAAAAAAGAGAGAAAAGAUCGAGAGUGUUGAAAACAAAGAGAGAAAAUCAGUGAGUGUUUAUGCAAAAGAAAGUGAUGUCAAGGCUGUGUUCUUUGCAAAGCAGCCUAUGUUUGUGCUUCUGUAUAAAGAUGCUUAUUUCAACACUAACGAACUUAAUGAUUCUUUGCCUAGUGCUAUUAAAUCUCUUUUGCAGGACUUCAAGGAAGUGUUUCCAGAUGACGUUCCUAAUGGUUUACCACCAAUAAGAGGAAUCGAGCAUCAAAUUGACUUCAUUCCUGGUGCAACAAUUCCAAAUCGACUAGCAUAUCGAAGCAAUCCCAAUGAGACGAAAGAACUUCAAAGGCAGGUCAAAGAACUCAUGAAAAAGGGACAUGUGAGAAAGCAUGAGUCCAUGUGCAGUUCCAGUGCUACUUGUGCAAGAAGGAUGGGACUUGGCAUAUGUGCAUUGAUUGUCACGUGGUCAACAAAAUCACUGACGUUGUCAACCUUAUUGCGUUCUAUUAUUCAGAAGAACUUGAGGAACUGGGAAGAGUAUUUGCUGCACAUUGAAUUUGCUUAUAAUCGGAGCGUCCAUUCAGCAACUAACUGUUUGCCAUUUGAAGUUGUAUAUGGUUUUAAUCCACUCACUCCUUUAGAUUUAUUGCCUUUACCUAUUGACGAACAAGCUUGUUUGGAUGGGAAAAAGAAAGCUGAAGUGGUUAAGCAACUGCAUGAGAAGGUGCGACAAAACAUAGAGCGACAAACUGAGCAAUAUGCAAAACAAGCCAACAAAGGAUGCAAGAAAGUUGUAUUUGAACCUGGAGAUUGGGUUUGGGUGCAUAUGCGCAAGGAGCGAUUCCCUGCACAAAGGCAUUCUAAGCUGCAACCAAGAGGCGAUGGACCAUUUUAAGUGAUUGUGAGGAUUAAUGACAACGCAUACAAGUUGGAGCUUCUUGGUGAGUAUAAUGUUAGUGCUACUUUUAAUGUUUCUCAUCUUUCUCCUUUUGAUGUAAGUGACAAUUUGAGGACAAAUCCUUUUGAGGAGAGAGGGAAUGAUGGGAAUCAAGAUGACAGCAUAUC